UCUCCUUAGUCCUUCCUCACUCACCCCCUCUCGAAAUCUUCGAUCGCCGGUACUCGACUAGCGGUCGAUUCUCCGGUGAUCUCCAUUCAGGUGUAGACAUAUAUCCACUCACGAAAAUAUGGAGGCUGAGGCUGAAGGAGGAGGAGGAUCAUCGGGGCUGACGAGGAGGAGAGGGUGCACAUGCACAAAAGACGACUUUCUCCCAGAAGAGUCGUUCAGGAGCUGGAGCAAUUACGUCAAUGCAUUGAAAGAGACUCCAGCUCGGCUAGUUGACCGGGUUCUUACCCGAUCGAAUGAGCAGGGGGAGCUGGAGGUGAAGGCGCGUAGUGAGCAUGAUAUGAAGAAGACGCUCAACUGGUGGGACUUGAUGUGGUUUGGAAUGGGGGCUGUCAUCGGCGCAGGAAUAUUCGUUCUCACUGGGCUCGAGGCCCGUGAUGAGGCCGGCCCCGCAGUCGUCCUAUCCUACGUCGUCUCUGGCACCUCCGCCUUGCUCUCUGUUUUCUGCUACACCGAGUUCGCUGUUGAAAUUCCUGUUGCAGGUGGCUCAUUUGCUUACUUGCGAGUGGAGCUUGGUGAUUUCGUGGCCUUUAUUGCUGCUGGAAACAUUCUUCUUGAGUAUGUAAUUGGUGGUGCAGCGGUGGCGCGUUCCUGGACAUCCUACUUUGCCACACUCUGCAACCACAAGCCAGACGAUUUCCGUAUUCAAGCACAUAAUCUUCCAGACGGCUACAACCAACUUGACCCAAUAUCUAUUGGUAUCAUCAUAUGCGUUUGCAUUCUUGCAGUUAUGAGUACAAAGGGCUCUUCUCGUCUUAACUACAUUGCAUCUGUGAUUCAUAUCAUUGUGAUUGCUUUCAUCAUUAUAUGUGGGCUUAUAAACGCAAGCGUCAAGAAUUACACUCCAUUUGCACCAUUUGGCGUCCGUGGUGUCUUCAAAGCUUCUGCAGUUUUGUUCUUUGCCUAUGUUGGGUUCGAUGCAGUUUCCACCAUGGCCGAGGAAACGAAAAAUCCAGGCAGAGAUAUCCCAAUUGGGCUUGUGGGUUCCAUGGUGAUCACCACACUUAUAUACUGCUUGUUGGCUGUAACUCUGUGCCUUAUGACGCCUUACAAGAGUAUAGAUCCUGAUGCUCCUUUCUCGAGGGCAUUUGAGACGGUUGGUUGGUAUUGGGCUGAAUAUGUAGUUGCAGCAGGAGCCUUGAAGGGCAUGACAUCGGUUCUACUAGUUGGAGCUGUGGGACAGGCCCGUUACCUUACCCACAUCGCCCGUACCCAUAUGAUCCCACCAUGGUUCGCCAAAGUUGAUCCCAAAACGGGAACUCCCAUCAAUGCCACCGUUGCUAUGCUUGCUGCUACUGCAAUCAUUGCCUUCUUCACAAAGCUCGCAAUCUUAUCAGAUUUACUAUCAAUCUCAACACUCUUCAUCUUCAUGCUUGUGUCUGUUGCUCUUCUUGUCCGCAGAUACUAUGUCGAUGGUGAGACAUCCGCAGCAAAUUGCAACAAGCUAGUUGUCUUCAUUUUCCUGAUUCUUGCAUCCUCCGGAGCUACUUCUGGUUACUGGGCAGUCAACGAGGAUGGUUGGAUUGGCUACUGCAUAACCGUGCCCUUAUGGGUAUUAUCCACUGCAGGGCUGGCCUUCUUUGUACCUCAAGCCCGUAAACCCAAGCUUUGGGGUGUUCCAUUGGUGCCUUGGUUGCCAUCAUCAUCUAUCGCCAUUAAUGUUUUCCUCCUUGGUUCAAUAGACAAGGAUUCGUACAUAAGGUUCUUGAUCUGGACAGCAAUGCUCCUGGUUUACUAUUUCAUCUUCGGAUUGCAUGCUUCGUAUGACACUGCCAAGGCCUUUGAGGUGAAAGAAAAGGAGGAAACCGUGUACAUAAUGGCUGAGGCAGGAAAAGAUUCAUCAGCUGAUAAGUCUUCAACUGAGGCAGCUGCAGGUGGAAUCAAGUCGGUCAUAGACUAAGUUCCAACUUUUAUCUAAUAUGUGAACAGAAGGUUUUUCUUUCUUAAGUUUUUAAUUUCCCUUUUAGUCUCUUUUUACUUGAAGAUGCUUUGUUUGAGCUCAGUUCCACAUAGCAGAAACUUGUUAGAUCACUUUCAAGUGCCAAGUAGGAAUAGCAAGUGGACGAAUUUGCCAAAACUCCAGAUUCGAUCCGUCAAGACGUUGGACGCAGUAUCCAACUUGGACCAGGUUAGAAAUCAUGAUUUUAAUUUAUAAAAGUUUUAUUUUUAUGUAUUGUAUAUAAAUA